AUGGAUAUCUCUGUUUGCUAAAAUCCAAAUCACGAUUCUUAACGUCUAAAAUAUAUAUGUGUAGAUCCUAAUUGUUGUGUUCCAAAAAAAAUAGGUAUUAUUUAUAAUUUAAUUAAGGUUGUGCUGAUUGUUUUCUUGAUGAUCAUAUAACUCAUAUUAGAAAAACAACUACUCAAUUUAAGGAAUAGGUAAGUCAAUCUAUUGAAUAAAUAUCUCAAAUAGAAUUCUAAAAAAUUAUCAGCUCUCCUUAAAAGGAUUUAGAUUGUUAAAUAGAUUUUGAAUUAGAAAAUUGUAUUGAUUGUAUUAAGUCAAGAUUUACAUCUAUCAAAAGCGAUUUAAAAUCUUAAAUUGACAGUGAUAUGACAAAAGUAUAAGAUAAUUGCAAUUAAUUUCAACAAAAUAUGAAAAAUGAACUUGAUCCAUUUAAAUUCACUAUAUAAAAUGAAUUACCUACUCUGAAUCAUAAUGAACUUAAUUAAUUAGUUAAAUUUUAUUAAGAAGCCCCAAAAAUUCACAAACAUUAUUCUAAAACAGCUGAACUCUUAUAAGAUGAAAAAUAAAAAGUAAAAUAAAAAAAAUAAAAAUACUUAAACAAAAUGAAAAGUAUAAUGCAAAUAUUACUGAAGGAGUUUAAUGAUUUAAUGACAUCAAAAAAUGUACAAUUUGAUGAUGGAAGUGAAUAUGAGACUCCAUAAAAAUAAGCAAUGUCUCCAAAUAAAAUGAUAAAUCUUGUAGAAACUGCACGUUCUUCAAGACGCUUCCCAAUGUCUUAAUCUUAAAAAAAAUAUUUUUUAGCUGCUGUGACAAAAAAAUUAGAUUGA